GCGGUCGCGGCUGAGCAGCCGGAAGGGAGAGGGCUUGCUGCGGUGCCGUCUUCGCCGCAUCCCCGUAGGGAGAGCCGCGUCAGUGAGCAGCGAGAGGCCGCGGCCGUGCCCCGCUCGCGUUGCGUGGCGGCGGGCGGGCGGCGGCGUGCCCGAGGUCGCGGGAGGAGGUGGCGGGGGAGGUCCCGAUCUCUCUCCCGAUCUCUCUCCGUGCCCGCGGCACCAUGAAAGCCGUGAGCCCCGUCCGGCAUCCUGGGCGCAGGGCGCAGCCCGCCGGGGCGGGCGGCGGCGGCGGGGGGCAUCCGGCGCUGCGGUGCCUGGCCGAUCACAGCGGCUGCAAAGGGGGCGAUGAGCCGGCGGCCCUGUGCCUGCAGUGCGAUAUGAAUGACUGUUACAGCCGGCUGAGGAGGCUGGUGCCCACCAUCCCGCCCAACAAGCGGGUCAGCAAAGUGGAGAUCCUGCAGCACGUCAUCGACUAUAUCCUCGACCUGCAGCUGGCUCUGGAGACGCACCCGGCGCUGCUCCGGCAGCCGCCGCCCGCCCUGCACCCGGGCGGUUGUCCCGCGGGCACCCCGCGCACCCCGCUGACGGCCCUCAACACCGACCCGGUAAGAGAAAGUCCUGGGAAUGCUGCAUUUCUUCCAUCAAGUUUAACCUUUCGGAACAUGAUGUGUAUAUUCUGCAACUGGUGCCUUUCCCAGCUGACAUCCUCCGACAUCCUUGGAGCCGUCCCGUCCUCUCGAGCAGCCUCAGUAGAAUGCUGCCCUCUUUUGAACGCAGAGACGCAGCGCACAUUGAAAGAUGCUGGUGAAUCCUGCGGGGCCGACGAGCGAGCGGAAGCCAUAUAUUAUGCUAUUAAAUAGAGUUAGGAGAGUUGUUUGGAAGAAUGCAAAUUCUCUAAAAUAUCAGUUCUCUUUGUUUUGAAAGAUCUGGAAACAGAGAAAGGCGCCCAACUCUUUUAAGGAAAUAUUGUAGCCAGGGAAAUUUGUGGUGGCUGUAGAAAGUGCCGCAUCUCCAACUCGAGCAACUUAUUGGGGAGAUGUGCCUCCAUCUGGAGGGAGAAAGGUGUUUCUCCAGCUAUUCCUCCUCCCCAGUGGCAAGCAGCUGCAAGGGUAGGGCACACUUCUGUGCGUCUUCCUUCAGGGAAGGAAUAUAAGGGAGAUCUUGUGGGAAAAGCUUUGCUGGAGGAGCCACCGCCUCCUUUUCUUCAAUAGUGGCAUUGACAAAACCCUUCUCUCUUUCUCUCCUACACACCCCUGCUUAACAAAUCUUUCUGCUGGAGGCAGCAGGUGCAAGGGGCCAUCACACCAGGUGUUGGGGCAGCAACUGGAUGGUGCCAAAGGGACACCCCCGGGGGCUUUCAGUCUGUAGCACCCCAGAAGAUGCCACUUCACACAUGGGAGCAGGGUCUUAGACCCGGAGAACAGAUGUUGCAUGAGAGAGGUGUUAAGGAGGCCACGCACUGUGGAGGAAAGAAAGGAAGACGUGAAUGCUCACAUGAACACACAAUCCUUUCCUUCCCCCUUAUUUAAGCAUGUUUCUCCCCACCUAGCCUUCUCACAGCUAUCAGAAACUAAAAUAAAAAGAUAGGAAGCAAGGAGCAAUAUGCAGCCAAAAUGUUGAGGCUGACAAUACCUGUACAUCCCAUUAGUUAAACGAUUUUUGCAGAAGAGCAUGCUGCUUAACAUUUAUCUUGUUUUUCUGCACCUACAGAUUUUUUUUUUACAGAAUAGUGAGCGUGGUCAGUCUCAAAUAUCAUCUGAAAUAGGAUAAGCAGAAAGGAACUGGGCAUGCUUACAUCACUGAUAGUGUACACUGUCUCAAAUAUACAUAGCAUCGAACAAUGCAAUAAAAAUAAACAAUGCAGCAUUGUGUUGGUUGCAACUCAGACUAACAAAAUAUUGCCACGUUUUUUCUUACAAAGCUGGCUGUGUGGUGGUGGCUGGAAAGACUCCUAAAGCACAUAAAGCUCUUAUCUUCCUACAUUUCCCCAAAGAAUAAUAGAUCAGUCGGUGCUCUGAUGCUGUUUUAAUAAUGUACAAUUUACAAUUCAUUUGGUUACCAAGCACUCACAGUAUAAUUAAUUUCACAGACCCUUUCUUGCACAUUCACGCAGUUUAUGACAAUACAGAGGGGAGGCGGGAAAACCAUGUUCCCUUGUGUCCUAUGGCAGAGCCUGUGCAGUGCGUCACCUAGCAGCCCAGGGGACAGCCAUGCCACUGGGUGGCUGCUAGGACUCACUGUUCUCCUUCCUCCAUCCCCUCUCCCACUGCCCUCCCCUUUCCUUUUGCACGGACACCCCUAUGUGGGCAUUGCCCUGGGGGGAACCCUGCAGCGCCCAGUGCCAUCAUGCUGGGGCAGCCCUAUCCACCCAUCAAACUUUGCACCAUUUGUUCACUGGACUGAGACACGGGGAUGGGAGAGCACGUGUUGUUGGGGCGUUUAUUUCCAUGGUCUUGUUAUUUUUCCCUUUGUGGGGAAUCAGCACAGUUGCCUGAGAGACUUAAAUAAUGGACUCUCUGCAGUGAAUGUUGCUGCUGCUCUGUGAUGUCUUGCACAUCAAAGCAAUUUCUCAAAUCUAUGUUUACCACUUUGAUAAAGACAACACUGCGAGGAAUUCGGAAGCUGCGGCAGGCCUGCCAGUCUGUGCAGCACCUAGAGCUGUGAGACGGCGGUGUAUGAACAGCAAGCCACACCACCACUGAGCUUGCUGCCAUCAUCAAAUAAACACGUUUGGCCUUUCUUUCCUGA